AUGUUUCAUGGUAUUAUGACGAAUGGGAAUAAUUCGUUGAGAUUUGAAGAUUCCGCAAUGACAAGUUCAAUCCACCACGAGGACACUGGAUUCUGUUCAGGAGAAGACUACAUGGAACACGAAAUCCAUUCUCCUACAGACAGUAGUGAAGAUAGCGUCGAAGUAAAAGUGUCCGCAAUCACCCUCAACAAACGUAAACUUGAAGAAACUCCUACAAUCUUCUCCGGGCCGCUGAAAAAACGCAUGUGCCUCAAAGUCCAAGCGGAAGCCAACAACAAUGGAAAAACUCCGUUUCGUCCGUGGAGUCCGCCUAAAAACUCCAACAACUUCGCAGUGCCUUUUCCACGAAUCAAAGUCGAAACUCCAAGUUUUAGCCCAAAUCUAAAAGAAACAAAUUUUUCCUAUUUCCGUCCUCCCUCACCCCUGCAACAAACAGAACCCCUACCUCUGGUAAUAAAACGCGAAAAAGAACCUCAAAAAACUGACAUCCGAGUGCCUGUACAUCCUCAUGUUGGCAAAAUGACAAUAGCCGAAACAGAGCGUAUGAUCCUAAAAACAAACGAGCAUUUUCCUGGAUUGAAACCUACAACUUUCAAUAAUGACAAUAGGAAAACAAGUGUGGAAACUAAAAGGGAGCAGCGCAACUACAAAAACAUGACCAGAGAAAGGCGGAUAGAAGCAAAUGCCCGCGAAAGAACCAGAGUUCAUACAAUUUCAGCCGCAUUCGACACUUUACGUCAAUCAGUUCCAGCCUACUCAAAUAACCAAAAACUAUCCAAAUUGUCAGUGCUUAGAAUUGCUUGCUCUUACAUCAUGACAUUGUCAAGUAUAGUGAAUGAAAGUGACAAUACGUCUGAUCCAGAUCAGCCCUCUACGUCUGAGUGUGUGGAUUUAGUGUCGAGAACCAUUCAGAGAGAAGGGAAAUUGAGAAAGAAGAAGGACGAUAAUGAUUAA